UACACACACACACAUAUAUAUACUCACACGCGCGCGCUGAGUGAGUGAGGGAGAGUUAGGUGAGUGAGAGAGUAAGCGAGGGAGUUAGUGAGAGCGGACUGGUGCAGAUGUGCGGGAAGGUCGGACAGUGAGAGAGAAUAGCGCAUGUCUGAGAUAUAUACAUCUAUACCAGAGUUACACUAGAAGUGCACCAUUACCGAAGCACAUUUCUCAACCCUCAGACAAACCGAAAAGACGGAAGCUAAUAAGAGUGGCAUUUUAGCGGGCACUUUCGAGCCGACACUUUUAUUCUCUAGCUUUCGCACACUAUAAAUCGGCAAAAUAGAGCACAUAACGUUCAAGAUGCCUCGGGUGGUCCCGGAUCAGAGGAGCAAGUUCGAGAAUGAGGAGUUCUUCAGGAAACUGAGCCGCGAGUGUGAGAUUAAAUACACCGGUUUCAGAGACCGACCGCACGAGGAGAGACAAGCCCGCUUUCAGAACGCCUGCCGGGACGGUCGCUCAGAAAUAGCUUUUGUGGCGACCGGCACCAAUCUCUCGCUGCAGUUCUUCCCCGCCAACCUGCAUGGUGAGCAGAGGCAGAUGCCCAGUCGGGAGUACGUGGACUUUGAGAGGGAAACGGGAAAGGUUUACUUGAAGGCCCCAAUGAUCUUGAAUGGAGUGUGUGUGAUAUGGAAAGGCUGGAUCGACCUGCAGCGUCUAGAUGGGAUGGGCUGUUUGGAAUAUGAUGAAGAAAGAGCACAGCAUGAGGAUGCACUUGCUCAGGCAGCUUUUGAAGAGGCUCGCAGGAGGACUCGUGAUUUCGAGGACAGGGAUCGGUCACACCGUGAAGAUCUAGAGGACCCUGUGGCAUCAAAAAUCUGGGACUGAUGGCAUUCAUGGACCAGGCCCAGGCGACAGCAGGACCCCAGCCCUGGCUCCAACAUGGGCAACACUGACGAUCACAAGAUGCGCUAACGGCAAUCAACAAUCCUGUGGGCAGGGAAGGGUCACACAAUCUCAAUCACCACAGCACCUCAAACCACCAUCAGCUUGAAAAUUACACAAGAGACCAAAGUUCACGAUGUCUGACACUGGGAGGGUUUUUAAAGUGCUUCCUCAUUAAAUCGUGCUGUAAGGGUGAAUAUUGGUUUGGGUUGAUGUUAACCGGAUAUGGGGAUAUGUUGUGUUUAAUUCACCCUCCCUUGUUCUUGGGGUUUUGCACUAUGUGAUACUUUUAAAUAGUUCCCAUGUUGCCUUCUGGUAUAUAAAGUGUUCCUACCUGCCUUUUCUUUUGCCCUCCCCUCAUGCAAGCUAUAUCUUAUGAUUUUUUGGCACUAUCAUAAUGA